AUGGUGAAAGACCUGGAGAUUGAUGCAGAACGAAAAGCAUACGAAAGUGAUGAUAUUUGGUUGACUCGCAAAGCGUUUCUUUCAACACACUGGGAUUCAUUCCCGAAGCUUGAGCUUGAUUGUUUAUCUCAACUAUUUAUUAAUAUUAAUAUGCUUGGAUGUGAAUAUAGCCCCACAUUGAUGGAUAGAAUUCGAUCUCUAGGUUCAGGAAUAACAGAAAUGGCGCAACGUCUGCAAGACGAAGAUAAAUAUGUCAAAGCCUCACAAGGAAGACAGAAGGCUGAUGAAGUCAGGCAAAAACAACAAGAGGAGCGUACUAAUGCUAGAACAGAAAGAAGAGGCCCUUCAAUAGAUGAUAAGUUAAGAGAAUUGAAAAUUCAUAUCAAACAAGCGAUAGCUGAAACUCCACUCAAUUUAUUGAACAUGGCUGGCCGUGUUCAAAUGCCAUGGAGCUUAGACUGUGUGAAAGGAGAUACGGAACUUCGUUUAAAGCACUUCAUUGCUUUCAGACAUAAAUUCCAUCAUACUUCCAACGGCGAUGCUAUUGCUAUUUCUUGUGUAGUGGAUGGUUUCCUCAAUUGUGAGCCUAGUUUAGCGGGUGAUAAUAUCACAUUCGAUAACUUCGCUCCUUCGGAUUGUUAUAAACAAACCUUAUUGCGAAAGUUACAAAAAGCUCGCCAUCAUGUACCUGUUGCACGAAACUAUAAAAGUCUCCAAGAAACUCUAGCGAAAGUCAACCUUGAAUUAACUCAAAAUUCAGAGCAUUUGCAGGGAUGGUCUCAACGCGUGGACUUACGGGUAGAUGAUCUUCUACUGAUUAGUCGAACUUUAACGAAAAAUGAAUGCGUGAAAAGUAAAUUAACUGAAGCGGUUGAUGAGAUGUGUAAAAAUGUUUGUGACUACCUUCAACGCGGUAACAUAGAAAUCGAAGAUACUGGAUCAGGUCUCCGAUUGCUUAUUUGA